AUGGUUAGCAUCAAUGGCAAGCCUGUACUCCUCCAGCGUGACACAGCCUCACAUAUCACUCUUAUCUCCAUGCGCACCUGGCAGACGGCCUCCGUGAUCACAUCGGACAAAAAGGCAAUGAAUGUGUCCGGAAGAUUUCUCCGACUCACGGGUGAGCUUGAAUGUGACGUUUCUUUUGAUGGCAGUCAAUUCAAAGGAAAAUACUACGUCACCAAGCGCCUGAACUUUAACCUACUUGGCCUCGACCAGAUCGAGAAACUCGGUCUCCUGGACUUGCCACUCAACCGCAUUUGCAAUAGUGUGCAGUCGACUUGGCCAAGUCCUGCCAAAUCAAAUCAGCCGGCGGCAAAGCAGAUGUCGACACUACAGGAGAAAUUACUAUCUGUUUCGCCUCAACCCUCAAGAGGAUCGGGCUGGAAAAGAACGCAUGCGGUUCCGUUUCAGUUGAACCAACGGCUCAUAUCUUACAAUUCAACUCAAACGGAGAAGUGUUAG